GCUUAAACCCUACCCCAAGCUUGAACCGCCUUUUAUCACAAACGCAUUCCCAAAAAGCUCGUGUGCUAAACCCUACCUCCAGAAGGUGAAACCGCACAUCUUCCGUGUCUUUCACUGAUCACCCUCGUUUGAGGAUGUGUGUUUACCUCUUACUUCACUUCUUACCUCUCUAAUUUCUCCAAUGAUCUGAAGUUUAUGAGGCUUUUGAUGCUGUGCAGUGUUGGUCAGAGAUUAUGGCGCAGAGUAAACAAAAAUCGGAAGACAUCGUGUUCACGAAGCGGCCGUACGUGGAGGAUUUAGGCCCGCGCAGAAUAAAAAGCAUGCAGUUCUCCAUGUUCUCGGGAUCGGACAUUCUAAAGGCUGCCGAAGUGCAAGUAUAUCAAGGCAGAUACUACGGUUCUUCUGAACCGAUAGAAGGCGGUUUGUUGGAUCUUCGCAUGGGUCCACCGAAUAAGGGUCCACCGAAUAAGGGUACAGGAGACAAAGGUUGGAUAUGUGCAACAUGUCAUGGAGACUUUGCACAAUGUCCGGGGCAUUAUGGAUAUUUGAGCCUUGCUCUACCUGUCUACAAUGUUGGAUAUUUAAGUAUGAUUUUGGACAUCUUGAAGUGCAUUUGUAAGUCCUGUUCUCGUAUACUUUUGGAGGAAAACCUACGUAAAGAUUAUUUGAAGAAAAUGAGAAGCCCAAAGGUGGAGCCUUUGAGGAAGACUGAAUUGAUGAAAUUGGUGGUAAAGAAGUGUAAUACCAUUGUAAAGUGCUCGAGGUGCGGCUAUAUAAAUGGUAAAGUGAAGAAGGGUGUAUCUGCCCUGGGUAUUAUUCAUGAUCGUUCAAAAUCAAGUGAUGAGAAUGAUAAAGAAUGUAGGUUUGCUGCACUUUCUCACACCAAGGAGCCCCUUAGUGCUGCUACUUACAUGCUUAACCCAGUCACAGUGCUCUCUCUUUUUAGAAAAAUUUCUAAUGAGGACUGCGAAUUGCUUUAUAUCUCAGAACGACCAGAGAAACUCAUUAUAACAGUUAUUGCUGUUCCGCCUACAGUUAUUCGACCAUCUGUUUUGAUGGAUGGAUCACAAAGCAAUGAAAAUGACAUUACAGAAAGGUUGAAACGAAUUAUUGAAGCAAAUGCUACCCUUCAUCAAGAGUUACUGGAAACAAGUACUGCAUUAAAAUCUCUGGCAAGUUGGGAUACACUUCAAUUUGAGUUUGCACAGUAUAUUAAUAGUGAUGUUCGUGGUGUUCCAUAUCACAUGCAAGUUACGAAGCCGUUGAGUGGUCUAGUUCAGCGCCUUAAAGGGAAGCAAGGACGCUUUCGGGGGAACCUAUCUGGAAAGCGUGUUGAGUAUACCGGCAGGACAGUUAUAUCACCUGACCCGAAUCUGAAAAUUACUGAGGUGGCGAUUCCCAUCCACAUGGCUAAGCUUUUAUCAUAUCCUGAACGUGUUUCCUGUCACAAUAUUGAGAAGCUAAGGCAGUGUGUCCGUAAUGGCACUUGGAAAUACCCUGGUGCAAAAACAGUCAGAAAAUCCGAUAAUUCACAACCACAUUACCUAUUCAUGGACUACAGGAAGCGGCUAGCUGACGAACUUAAAAUUGGUUGGAUAGUUGACAGGAAUUUGGAAGAUGGGGACAUUGUUCUUUUCAAUCGACAACCUAGCCUGCAUCGAAUGUCUAUAAUGUGCCACAGGGCUAGGAUUAUGCCCUGGAGAACGUUGAGAUUUAAUGAAUCCGUUUGCAACCCUUAUAAUGCUGAUUUUGAUGGUGACGAGAUGAAUUUGCAUGUCCCUCAAACAGAAGAGGCUAGGACAGAGGCUCUUAUGUUAAUGGGGGUCCAAAACAAUUUGUGCACACCAAAAAAUGGAGAGAUCUUGGUUGCUUCCACUCAAGAUUUUCUGACGUCAUCAUUUCUCAUAACAAGGAAGGACACAUUCUAUGAUCGUGCGAACUUUUCACUUAUGUGUUCUUAUAUGGGCGAUGGCAUGGAUCAUAUCGAUUUGCCGACACCUGCAAUAUUUAAGCCAGUUGAGCUUUGGACUGGUAAGCAGUUGUUUACCAUACUUCUACGUCCACGUGCAAGUUUGAAAGUGUACCUGAAUUUGACCGUAAAAGAAAAAAACUACAGUAAGCCAGAAAAGGGAGAAAGAGAAAGGGAAACAAUGUGUCCUAAUGAUGGGUUUGUUUAUUUCAAGAAUAGUGAGCUAAUAUCUGGACAAUUGGGGAAGGCUACUUUGGGAAAUGGAAACAAGGACGGACUUUACUCUGUUCUUCUUAGAGACUACAAGGCACACGCUGCGGCAACUUGCAUGACUCGGCUGGCUAAGUUGAGCGCUCGAUGGAUUGGGAAUCAUGGUUUUUCAAUUGGGAUUGAUGACGUUCAGCCAAAAGAAAAACUUAAUGAGGAAAAAGGGAAUACGCUUUUGGUUAAUUAUCGAAAGUGUGAUCGGAAAAUACACGACUUCAAUGAAGGAAAGCUAAAACUUCAACCUGGUUGUGAUGCUGCUCAAACACUUGAAGCGGAAAUAUCUGGCAUAUUGAAUAAAAUUCGAGAUUUAACUGCACGGGUAUGCAUGGAAACAUUGCAUUGGAGAAACAGCCCCUUGAUUAUGUCUCAAUGUGGCUCCAAAGGAUCUCCUAUUAAUAUUAGCCAAAUGGUUGCAUGUGUUGGUCAGCAGUCGGUUGGGGGUCAUCGUGCUCCAAAUGGAUUCAUAGAACGGAGCCUUCCUCAUUUCCCUAGAAAAUCCAAAACGCCUGCUGCCAAGGGCUUUGUUGCUAAUUCAUUUUAUAGUGGCCUGACAGCAACAGAGUUCUUCUUUCAUACAAUGGCAGGGCGAGAAGGCCUUGUUGAUACAGCUGUGAAAACUGCUGAUACUGGGUACAUGUCUCGUAGACUGAUGAAAGCGUUGGAGGACUUAUCCAUUCAAUAUGAUGACACUGUGCGAAAUGCAAGUGGUGGCAUUGUACAAUUUUUUUAUGGAGAUGAUGGCAUGGAUCCUGCUGCUAUGGAAGGGAAGAAUGGCUUUCCUUUAAAUUUUGACCGAUUGUUAAUGAAAGUCAAGGCUACAUGUCCAGCUAAAGAAGAUCGAUUUCUAUCAGUUGACAAUAUCUCUGAUAUAGUAGAAGAACAACUAUCAGAACAUGAAAAAUAUUUAGGUGACGGUUGUUCCGAGGCCUUCAAAAAAUCUCUACGAGGCUUUUUGGAAAAUCAUUUGAGAGAAUCAAAACACACAAUAGAGUGUUUCAAGAAAAAUUCUGUUGGAGAAAAAUCUGAGGUUCUAGAAGAAAUUGCCAAUAAAAUAUCUGGGGUCACCCAGAAACAGCUGAAGGUUUUUCUGGAGACUUGCUUCACACGAUAUCGUGCAAAAAGAGUCGAAGCUGGAACUGCCAUUGGAGCGAUUGGAGCUCAAAGUAUUGGAGAACCAGGGACACAAAUGACACUGAAAACCUUUCACUUUGCUGGAGUUGCCAGCAUGAAUAUAACACAGGGAGUUCCUCGUAUUAAAGAAAUUAUUAAUGGAGCUAAAAAAAUCAGCACUCCCAUAAUUACUGCAGAACUUGAACAUGGUGAUAACAUAAAUGCUGCACGAAUGGUGAAAGGUCGAAUUGAGAAAACAGUUUUGGGGCAGGUUGCGAAGAGUAUCAAGAUUGUUAUGACUUCGAGAUUAGCAUCAAUAGUCAUCACACUUGACAUGGAAAUAAUUCAGGAUGCACAGUUGUGUAUUGAUGCAAAUACUGUAAGGGAAUCAAUUUUACAGACUCCAAGAAUAAACCUGAAUGCAGAGUGUGUUAGGGUUUUGGAUGUUUAUAAGUUGGAAGUUUUACCUCCUAAAGCUGAAGCUGGUAAAAGUGGAGUCCAUUUUCAACUCCACUCUCUUAAAAGUGUGCUUCCGUUUAUUAAUGUGAAGGGUAUAAAAAGUGUCGAACGUGCUGUUAUUGCUGAGAAAGAGAAAAAGAAGGGUGAAGAGAUCCAGAGAUUCAAUGUUUUGGUAGAAGGCAAUGGUCUUCAAGAUGUGAUGGGUACAGAAGGAGUAGACGGGCGUAAUACAAAGAGUAAUCACGUCAUUGAAGUGCAGCAGAUACUUGGAAUUGAAGCUGCAAGAAAGUGUAUUAUCGAUGAGAUAAAGCAAACCAUGGAAUGUCAUGGAAUGAGCAUUGAUAUACGUCAUAUGAUGCUUUUGGCAGAUGUUAUGACAUCUAGGGGUGAAGUGCUUGGAAUCACAAGAUUUGGCGUUCAAAAGAUGGGUAAAAGCAUAUUGAUGCUGGCUUCAUUCGAGAGAACAUCAGAUCACCUUUUCAGUGCUUCUGUAAAUGGGAGGGAUGACAAGAUUGAGGGAGUAAGUGAAUGCAUAAUCAUGGGCAUUCCAAUGCAGAUUGGCACAGGAAUAAUCAAAGUCAUGCAAAGAGUAGAUUCAACUCCAAUGUUGACUUAUGGGUCAGAUCCUAUUUUAUCUUGAGUUUACGCUGUGUUAGUUUCUAAAGAUGAUCAAGUUAGAUUGAAGAUUAUCCAGUUAGACUUGCUGAUAAUCCCAACGUUUGAAUCUCCAUCGCCAUUAGCCUAGUUUUGAUCCUGGAUGAAGAUGUGCAGAGAUGGGAGAGCAUAUGUUGGUGAGUCAUGUGAAAUUAACAGGGCCAUGGCAAGUUGUUCGCGAACUAUUCAUUGAAGCCUUGGCUUAAGCUUAAUUAAUUCACUCAAAUAAACAAGCGAAUCCCACAAGGCUUGUUUAAUAAACAAGCCAAGAAACUGCAUAGUAAAGCUCAAUAAAUUCAAUGGGUUAGUUUACCAGCUUUAUUAUAUUGUUUCACUGUACAUUAUGUUUUAUAAAAUACAAUUUGUACCAUCGCAAGUUCGCAAUUUUGAAAUCAUAUAUUGAUAAUAUUUAUUUUCA